AUGGAAGCAGUGGAGAACUGCACUGAACGCAUACGGAAAGAGCCCUAUAACCCUCAUUUGUGGGCUAAGCGAGCAAGCUUUUUCCUUGCACUCAACUAUCCAGAGCUGGCGGUAGGAGACGCAUGCAAAAGCCGGAUCCUCUUCCAUCGUAGCCUCGAUCGCAAGGAAGGCAAAGAUUGUAGUGCUAUGUUGCGAAUGUAUGAUGUUCUCGGCCAAGCGCUCUACGACUGCCAUUGCCAUUGGGAAGCGGCCGGUCUGUGGGAGGAAGUCGCAGAAGAAUUCCCAGCUAGCCAUGCUUCUGAAAAGGCUGUGGCUCUUCGAAUGCUUUUGCAAAGCAAGCAAGAGAGUGCGGCUAUGAUGGGCGGCACUUGGUGGGAACAGAUAGACCGACUUCGCGAUGGAUGUACUACCACUGUUCAUUAUCCUUGGAUACAGGAUCAUCACCUCCGACGGACGCAGAAGCUUGUGGAGAAUGUGAACAGUGAGCUAAAGCAAGUCACUAAGCAAUCUCCAGCAUGUUAUUUAGGCACAAGCACCCUAGCGACCAGAGACGACAUGCUCGGCAUGUUCACAGCUCGAGACAUCGAGUCUGGCGAGUGCAUGCUUGUCGACCGUACAGCGACAGCAACGUGCAGUCACGUCGGAGCUCUCGAUUGCAUGAACUGCUUUGCUCGUAUUCGAGGUCUACCCUUACAAGUUUCAUGUUGCUCAGGAUCAUACUGCUCCCAUGCAUGCCUCGAAUUGAGCCUGAACACCUAUCACAAAGUAGUCUGCGGACAAGACUUUACCUGGCUCUUUCGGCCUGCACAAGGACUACAGCAUAAUGCAUCGCCAUUGCGUCCACUACUGAUGCUGCGCAUCCUCGCAAGUUGUAUUCAAUCUGGCCCUGAGACACACCCGCUCGAUCACUCGCGUGUCGCACGCCUCCAACCACUCGCCAGGAACAACCAUGUCGAUGUGUUCACGAUGGCUGAGUCCGUCAUCAUGCCCAUGAAGAUCCUUGAGCAGCUGGGCGUUGACGUCUUUCGCAACUUGAAUUUUGACACAAUGAUCCUACAUACCACGUGGACUCGUCUUGCAAACAACAAAGCCGGCUCCUGGGAUCCAAUACAUGGCUUCAUCGACGAGGUCACUCCAUUCCUGCCUCUCUUCAAUCAUAGCUGCGAACCUAAUGUUGAUUUCAAACGUAACAGCGACAGCACAACGAUUCAGUUUUUCGCAAAGAGAGGUCUGAAGACAGGAGAGGAGAUGUUCAUCAGCUACGUGAAUGUGCAAGGUAUGUCGCUGGAAGAAAGGACGGAGCUGUUAUGGCCGUGGUUCGAGGAGGUAUGCCUAUGUCCUAAAUGCAAGGAGGAAAGUGCGCAAGCCUUGUCAUGA